UCAAACCCCAAAAUCUGCAACAUUCACAUUCAUUGGUCCGGCGGCUCUUACUCUUUUCAUCCAUGGCUUCCUCUAUCAUAACUUCCUCCAAGUUAUACCCUUUCCCUUCUCCCUCCCUCGAACCCUCCCUCUUCCUUCGCUCUACUUUCCUUCCUUUCCCUUCUUCCAUCACUUUACCUUCAUUUCCUUCCAAAUCAUGCCCCAAAUCCCUCCUCAUUUCCUCUUCUUUGAACCCUAACCCUCCCUCCUCCCAGCGCCGCCCCCCUUACAUUCCCAACCACAUCCCCGAUCCCAACUAUGUCCGUGUCUUCGACACCACCCUCCGCGACGGCGAACAAUCCCCCGGCGCGACCUUGACUUCCAAGGAAAAACUAGACAUUGCUCGCCAACUAGCUAAGCUCGGCGUCGAUAUUAUCGAAGCUGGGUUUCCGGCCGCCUCGAAAGACGAUUUCGAAGCUGUCAAGACCAUCGCUAAAGAAGUUGGAAAUGCGGUGGAUGGGAAUGGAUAUGUGCCUGUUAUUUGUGGACUUUCAAGGUGUAAUGAGAAGGACAUUAAGACGGCUUGGGAGGCGGUUAAGUAUGCGAAAAGACCUAGAAUCCAUACGUUUAUCGCAACGAGUGCAAUUCAUUUGGAGUAUAAGUUAAGGAAGAGUAAAGAGGAGGUUUUGGAUAUUGCUAGGAAUAUGGUUCGAUUUACUAGGAGUUUAGGUUGCAAUGAUGUCGAGUUUAGCCCUGAAGACGCCGGCAGAUCUGACCGAGAGUUUCUGUAUGAGAUUUUGGGUGAAGUGAUCAAGGCUGGAGCGACAACUCUGAACAUACCUGAUACUGUUGGCAUAACUAUGCCGAGCGAGUUUGGGCAAUUGAUUGCUGAUAUAAAAGCCAAUACCCCUGGAAUUGAGAAUGUUAUUAUUUCAACACACUGCCAAAAUGAUCUCGGGCUUUCUACUGCCAACACUAUUGCGGGAGCUUGUGCUGGUGCAAGGCAAGUGGAAGUAACAAUCAAUGGCAUUGGAGAAAGAGCAGGAAAUGCUUCAAUGGAGGAGGUCGUGAUGGCCUUAAAAUGUCGUGGUGAGCAUGUAUUAGGAGGUCUUUAUACAGGAAUCAAUACCCGACACAUUGUAAUGGCAAGCAAAAUGGUAGAAGAAUACACAGGGUUACAUGUUCAGCCGCAUAAAGCCAUUGUUGGAGCCAAUGCUUUCGCUCACGAAAGUGGUAUUCACCAGGAUGGAAUGCUAAAGCACAAAGGUACAUAUGAAAUUAUAUCCCCUGAAGAUAUUGGACUUGAGCGGUCCAAUGAAGCUGGCAUUGUGCUUGGAAAACUCAGUGGACGUCAUGCUUUGAGCGACCGGUUGAAAGAGCUUGGUUACGAGCUUGACGAUGUUCAGCUUGGGACCAUAUUCUGGCGCUUCAAAGAAGUAGCUGAACAAAAGAAGCGAGUCACUGAUGCUGAUCUAGUAGCAUUGGUUUCAGAUGAAGUUUUUCAACCAGACGUGGUUUGGAAGCUUCUGGAUCUACAGGUUACUUGCGGAACUCUUGGUCUUUCUACUGCAACAGUUAAACUCAUCGAUGCUGAUGGGAGAGAGCAUGUUGCCUGCUCAGUUGGAACUGGACCUGUAGAUUCAGCUUAUAAAGCUGUUGAUCUCAUUAUCAAGGAAUCGGUUUCACUACUUGAGUACUCAAUGAAUGCCGUUACGGAAGGAAUUGAUGCUAUAGCCAUGACCCGCGUUCUAAUUCGUGCAGAGAAAAGUCACUUAUCUACUCAUGCGUUGACUGGUGAACUCGUUCAUCGAACAUUUAGUGGAACUGGGGCAGGAAUGGAUAUUGUUGUUUCCAGUGUCAAAGCUUAUGUCAGUGCAUUAAAUAAGAUGUUGGGAUUCAAAGAACAAAAUCCAACAAAGGCUUCUUCCAUAAAAAGGACUCCAGCUUCUUCUUAAGCUACUUACUCGGUUUCAUGUACGAGUAUUGAAUAUGAUUAUGUAUCCAACUAGGGUAUGUUCAUUUCUUUUUAUAUUUUUCCACGUCUAUACUCAUGUCUGGAUAUGUGUCGGACACUCUACUUUAGAGAGAAGAAAAGACGAACGGUUAGAGCAGCAAUCUCCACGCAUACAUACAUGAGUUCAGUUUUGUAACUGCAAUUUCAAUCUUGCAGUAGUGAAUGAUUUGAAAGGUUUUUGAAUAUAAGUUAGUUUGAGAGACUGUUUAAGUUUUAGAAAGAAAAAAACCAAUACAGUUGCUUUUGUUCUUUCUUCUGAGUUUUGUAGAAAUGUAUUUCAAAAUAAUUUUUGUAUUUAUUUUGACUCAGGUGAGUGUCGAAUAAAGAUGAGUCUGACAGUGGGUGUUUCAAUUUAA